ACAUUUUUGUAUGUUGUUCUCAGUCACAGUAUAGGAGCGUUCCAUUCACUUUUUAUUUACAACGUUGGAAAGCAAGUUUAUGCAGGCGGAACACAAGAAGACAACGCUCCCGAGUCAACUUCAAUUUGCCAGACCACGUGAAGAGAACAGCCUGAAGUACUAGAUCUCAGUACACAUUGAGCACAAGCCUGUAUAAACCACAAAGCUUUGCAGCAGAUAACACAUAUAUUCCUAUGGCAUCUCUUCUACAAGAAACCUUGUAUGAAAUUCAGUGCCAGGCUCCUGCUCCUAGCAAAGAUUUCCAUCAUUUUGUCAUAACAAAAAAAGAGAUUAUUUUAAGAUCCUGGAAGAUUUCAGCACGGCCUGAGCACAGAAAAAUGCUGCCAUGGCAAAUAAAGAAAACACACAGUGAAUUCCUGCAAAUGACUACAAUGCACAAGCCAUUAGAAAAGAUCUUUGGCAAAGCCACAAUGGAAUAUGUAUUGAAUUUGUGCAGAGGGCAAUUUGAUUUCAUUGUUCGGAUACCUGAUAGCCUUAAGAUUCGUAUCUUAUCCUUUCUUGAUACACAAGACAUUAAGCAGCUGUCAGAGACAUGCAAGACAUAUCAGAAGUUAUGCAACAGUGAGGAAUUCUGGGAAAAAAUCAAACCAAUGCCGGAGAUACAUUUUAGUGCUGUUAGAAGAAAAGGUGGUUCAGCUUCAGUGAAGAUCAGCAAAUUGAAUCCGAAAACUGGACGUCCUGUCUGGAUGCACAGGAGGAGGAACACUUUGUUUUAGAAGACCAAGCGAAGCUAAUAUUAUUACUUAUAUUGCAAAAAGACUCUAUAUGUAUGCAAAUGUAGCUUAUGAAAACAUAAAAUUAGAAGACUGUUUACCCACAGUGCAUAUACCAUUUUGACUCUGUAUUAACUGGUGGUGCAGUCACCUCCUCCACCAGGGGCGGACUGACCAUUCGGGCACUGUCCAAGGGCCCCAUGCCACUAGGGGGCCCCAUCAGGGUUGCCA